AUGGCACAAGAGAUAGCACAAUCACACCUGCUAUCGAGCACUUCCUCCGAAGGCUUGGCAGGCGAGACAACGCCACCACCCGGAGUUUCGGUGGAACUAUGUCCCGUCACGGGUACAGUACCUCCCCCCAACCGUGACGAAAUUGACUGGAAUGGGGACGUGGACCGGGCUACAUCAAGCCUUAUAACGAUACUGACUGCCAAUGGGGAGAGUACCCUGGACACAAACACCCAGGAGUUGGGCUUGGGUACGCUAAGGGCGAUUGCGGGUGGGAGCUACAUGAACAGACUGGCUGUGGGUGAGGUGCCAGCAGCAAUCGCUCUUCUCUACAAGGAGAGCCAGGCGUCGACACACUCACCCAAAGUGGUGACAAACACGCAGCGUGCUGUGUUGUUGGGGGGAGCGAAGGAAGGUGGAGCGAGUGACAGGGGAGAGGAAAAGGACAGGGAGCAAGGUAACGCUGAUCCUACACAACAACAAAUGAAUUUGCCCGUGCUCAAGCUCAAACAGGACGUGAAGACCCGUUGGAACUCUACAUUUGAUAUGCUUCAGCGAAUUGUACAGGUAAAGGCUGCUGUUAUUGCCACGGUUGCUCUUCAACGUUCUGACCUCUCGAUCAAAGAACAGGACUGGGAGAUAAUUGAAGGAGUCUUGCCUUUACUAAAGCCAUUCUAUGAAAUCACAGUAGAAAUUAGCGCCGAAAAAAAUGUGACUUUGUCAAAAGUUAUUGUGUUUUGCAAUUUGCUCAAAAGUUUUCUCCAAAGACAUGCAUCUAAUAACGAAAAAGUUGUCGCAGUGCAGUCAGCGUUAAAGAAAGGCAUGGAAGACCGUUUUAAAGACAUAGAAAAUAAUAUUUUAUACGCUGAGUGUACCAUUCUAGACCCCCGGUUCAGACAAAGAGUGUUUAAAAACCAAAGAGCUUGCGAAGUUGCGUUACAAGGUCUCAGGCAUAAAAUAGGCAGAGUGCAGUUAAUACAACAGGAUAUUCCAGAACCUGUUCCUAAUCCUAGCGAGAUAUCGGCGUCUAGCAGCAGCGGAAAUUUAAAUAAAGAAGAGAGUAUAUGGGACGAGUACGACAAAGAAAUUAACAAAAUUAUUAGACCAGAUAAUCAAUCUGCCGCUGGUAUUCGCGAGCUCGAUAAAUACCUAAAUAAAGAGUAUUUAGAUAGGAAAAAGGAUCUGCUUCAGUGGUGGCAUGAUCGUCACUAUUCUCCGCUGGAUUCGGACUCCGAGCAAGAAGAUUGUUUAGUUGAAGAUGAUGUCAGGAGUGAUAACGAAGACGCGAUGGUCGACUUCAUUGAGGAUACAAGCCCUACAAGCAGACAAGACGACCCCGAAAACCAUGUUGCUUCUCUGGAAUCGACUAAUCUUGAGGUAACUUCAUCUACUUCACAUAGAAUUAUUACAUUGCCUCAGCGGUCAAUACGUGGCAAAAAUAACCAUGUAUGGUCAACUACAAAGGGACGUACGACGGGAAGGACUUCUGCUAUCAAUAUUAUACGUACAAAUAGAGGACCAACGCGAAUGUGUCGCAAUGUUUUUGACCCUUUGCUCUGUUUUCAACUUUUUAUAACGGACGAGAUAGUUGAUGAAAUAGUCAAGUGGACAAACGUGGAGAUGAUAAUAAAACGACAAAAUUUGAAAGAAAUUUCGGCAAGCUACAGGGAUACAAAUGCAAUGGAGGUCUGGUCGUUAAUUGGAAUACUCACUCUGACGGCUGUUAUGAAAGAUAACCACCUCUCAACUGAUGAGUUGUUUGACGCUUCAUUCUCUGGCACCCGGUAUGUAUCGGUAAUGAGCCGAGAGAGAUUCGAAUUUCUUCUUAGAUGUUUGAGAAUGGACGAUAAAUCACUGCGGCCAACUCUUCGUAGCGAUGAUGCUUUUGUACCGGUGAGAAACAUUUGGGAGAUUUUUAUCAAUCAAUGCAGAUUGAACUACGUACCUGGCAGUAACUUGACUGUAGAUGAGCAAUUGUUAGGUUUCCGCGGCCGUUGUCCAUUCCGCAUGUACAUACCCAAUAAACCCGAUAAAUAUGGGAUAAAAUUCCCCAUGAUGUGUGACGCUUCAACAAAGUACAUGAUAGAUGCCAUACCUUACCUUGGUAAAAGUACGAAAACAAAUGGUCUACCAUUAGGCGAGUUUUACGUCAAAGAGUUGACUAAAACAGUACACGGAACAAACAGAAAUGUUACAUGCGACAACUGGUUUACGUCGGUCCCAUUAGCUAAAAACUUGCUCCAGACUCCAUACAACCUAACAAUAGUAGGAACCAUCAGGUCAAAUAAAAGAGAAAUACCCGAAGAGAUAAAAACACUCGUUCACGGCCGGUAG